AUGAUAGUGAUGGAUCCGUUAGUUAUAAAACAUUGUGGAUGGCCAUCAACGAAAAGGUUAAAAAGCUCUUCUGAGUUGCAAGGUCAUAAGGGAAUAGCGCAUAGUUAUCAAGCAAUUAAUCCUCAAGAUCCUAAUAUUAGAAUCCCUUUAACAAAUGUUAAUUCAAAUAAUAACCAUUCUGUGAAUAACAAUGUGGAAGAAA